GCGGUUCCCUGCCAGUCACUCAGCAGGGCAGCUCUGGAUAGUUCCGCCGCCUCCAGCUUGCAACUAUGUUUUCCAGAGCUGCCCGGAGUCUGGUAAUGAGGACAGGAGGACUCAGAACUAGAGGGACAGGGACACACAGCCCAGGAGAUGCUGCUGGCAGCCAGCGGAGGAUGACCCCCUACGUUGACUGCUACGCCCAGCGCUCCUAUCCCAUGCCAGAUGAGCCCUUCUGCACAGAGCUCAGCGAGGAACAGCGGGCCCUGAAGGAGAAAGAGAAGGGCAGCUGGACCCAGCUGAGCCAAGCAGAGAAGGUGGCCUUGUACCGGCUCCAGUUCCAUGAAACCUUCGCAGAGAUGAACCAUCGCUCCAACGAGUGGAAGACGGUGAUGGGCUGUGUCUUCUUCUUCAUUGGAUUCACGGCUUUGGUGAUUUGGUGGCAGCGGGUCUACGUGUUCCCUAAGAAGGUUGUCACCCUGACGGAAGAACGGAAAGCCCAGCAGCUCCAACGCCUCCUGGACAUGAAGAGCAACCCUAUACAGGGCCUGGCUGCCCACUGGGAUUAUGAAAAGAAAGAGUGGAAAAAGUGAUCAACAUCACAUGUCUGCCACCAGCCCUUGCAAACCGCUUCAGCAGCCCAGGAGACCCCUCCUCUCCCCUCCCCUCCCCUCUCCUCCCUUCCCCUCCUUUCCCUCUUCCUCCUGUCCUGUCUCCAUUCCCUUCUGCACCAAUAAAAGCAGCCCGCUUUGUUCCGCCUGCAAA